UGCCAGCUCUGAUCCAUUACGCUAGUUUGAAGAUAAAAAAUGUAUUAAUAAAUUUAAGUGAAGUAAUUAGUAAAGUAGGUAUUGCUAUAUAAGAUUGUAGGGCAAUAAUGAAAAAUAGUUUUGUUGUUGAAGAAAAAAAGUGAACAUGGGUCUUAACGGCGUCUUGCUCAUUAAUAUAUUAUCAGUUUUAAACUUCUUAACGUUGAAAACGGUUGCUGUUGAUCCUAAUUGUGAUUAUUCCCAAUACUUGACCGUGAAAACCAAAUACUACAUUUAUAACAAGGAGUAUCCUUCAAAAUAUACUAUAAAUACGAAUUGCUUGUGGACCGGCCAAAGUCAGCCUGGAACUAGAAUUGUCGUUUCGUGUGAAGAUGUAGAUUUGCCCAGUACUAAAAACUGCAGUGGAGAUAAAUUGCGAAUAUCUUUAAGUGGCGAUGUAAAUUUCGCUGAUUCAAGAAAUUACUGCGGAACUGGAUCAUUUUCUUUGAUUUCAAAUGCAAAUUUAGUUGCUAUCGGUUUGGUGUCCAGCAGCAUAAGUGCAGGUGGUAGAUUUGUUUGUUCUCUAACCGCUAUACAGAAUUUUGAACCUCCAUCAACUACUAGUCCUCCAACUAGUACGUGCGAUUGUGGAUGGAAAAGAGGUACUAAAAUAGUGGGAGGCGUUCCAACUCUCGUGAACGAGUAUCCUGCAAUGGCGGGAAUAGUAAAUGCUGCUGUUAGCGAAGUUAUUUGCGGAUCCACGAUCAUUUCCAAUAGAUACGUGAUAACUGCGGCGCACUGCAUGAGAAAUGUCAAACUAGAAAAUAUGGGAGUUCUUGUCGGAGAUUGGGAUCUUUCUUCGGGCACUGAUACUUCAGCUUCAUCUCUUUAUCGAGCAGAAAAUUAUUGGGAACAUCCUUAUUUCGAUCCAGACACCCAAACAAAUGACUUGGCGAUUGUAAAAACCAUGAAAAAUAUUGAAUUUUCUUUGUAUGUAGGACCAAUUUGUUUGCCGUUCCUUUAUACAUUUGAUACAUUUGCCUUUGAUAAUGUUACAAUAUUAGGUUGGGGCCAGGAAUUUUUCAACGGACCGUCAUCAGAUAUAUUGCAAAAAGUUGAAUUGCAGGUAGUACCCAAUUCGGAUUGUCAAAGUCAAUUACCCGAUAAUAUCAUUACCCCAAAUCAAAUUUGUACCUAUGCUCAAAAUAAAGAUGCUUGUCAAAAAGAUUCUGGAGGACCAGUGAUAUGGCAAGAUCCUGAGACGUUGAGACUGCAACUUAUUGGUGUGAUUUCUUAUGGACUCGGAUGUGCAACUUCUAAACCUGGGGUUUGUACUCGAAUUACAAAUUAUUUACCGUGGAUUAUUCAAGUUACAAAUAAUACCAGCUACUGUAUAAAAUAAGGAAAUAUGUUUUUGAAUUUGUUGAUUUUUAAUAAACAUUUUUAUGAGUGA